AUGUAUCUCUCUCGCACCCCUGCCCCUGACACCACAGUGCUUUGGAAGCACGCCACGUGCGACUACCCGUGCCCUUUUCAAGCUCGGCUGGAUUGCGCCUGCAUCUCUGCUGAUAGGGCGGGCAUCUCGUUCUUUCUUGGCGCGGGGACAAGAAGAUCUGGUGUUGGUGGGAAGCAUAGCAGGUCCCUCAGCAGACACGCGCCCCGGAGAGCGUCUGUAAUCUCUGGUUGGAGGGGAAAUGGUUCUAAAGAAGCGCGCCACUGCCUAUUUUUUCCGGCCGACUCCCUCUGCUGCUGGUGUGGCGGAGAGAGGGGUGUGCAGCAGCAGUGGGUUCGGAAGAAGCCCGCCGAGCACAACUGCCGGCGCUCGUCACCGCUGCCCUUUUUCGGCGAGGCUGGAUCGAGCGCUUGGAUCCAGGUGGAUCUCUCUGCUGCUGGUCGGCGGAGAGGGCUGUGUAGCAUCAGCGGAUUUUGAAGGAGCUCGCCGCGCACAACUGCCGGCGGUACUCACACCUGCCCUUUUUCGGCGAGGCUGGAUCGGGCGCCCGGAUUUAGGUGGAUUUCUCUGCCGUGAAUCGGCGGAGCGAGAGGGCGUGCAGCAGUGUGUUUUGAAGGAGCUCGUCGCGCGCGACUGGCGGCCUUGCCCUUUUUCGGCGCGGCUGGAUCGCGCUUGGAUGCACCUGGAUUUGGGUUGUGCUGAUCGGUGGAGAGCGUGUGUACAACUCAGUCUUUGGUACACCGGUGCCGGGAUGGAGCCCGUGGAGACCCAUCAACCUUCACCCCUGCAAGCCAAGUUCGCAAGGAAAGGAAAAGGCGGACCAUUUCCCAAGUUCGACACUAGAGAGGAGAGUGGGGACGAGAGCUGUGUCGAAAUCUCAAGGACGGAGAAGCAAAAACGUAGAAAGAAGAGGAAGUCGGCCGCUGCCGACCUUGACGGCCUGCAGAAACGUCUUCAAGACCGCGGUCAUCCAGAGCCAAACAAGGCACUCGAUUUUCAUGCGAAGACCGAUGGGCAAAUCGUCGACAGGCUUGUCGAGAAUGCGGCGAACGUGUACACCGGCCUGUACGAGGGCCAAAAGGCCGGCUUCCGAAAAGAGUCCUUCGAUACCCUUACCGCAUCUCCAAACCCCUUGACCAUGAAGCCGACCUUCGAAUCGGUGGCAUGCUUUCUCGCAGACUACCGCACCGAAAACCCCAAAGACCUCGACCGCUUUAACAGCCACGACAUUUACGCCAAGAUGCUUGCCCAGAUCAGAGCCACCAACGAUUACGAUCUUUUGAACAAGUUCUUCAGCGACCCCGGUGACCAACAGGUCUUCGACGAGUGGGUGGAAAAGUAUGGUAGCUACGCCCGGAGCUACACACGAGUGGAUCGAGUCCGGUACAGGGGCACGACGUUGGCCGAAGACAGUGUUGGGGAUAUCGAUGAUGCCGGUGACGAGGCCCUCGACAAGAACGAGGAUGGUUGUGGCGGAGGCGAUGGCGAUGCGGGUGGAAUCAGUGACAGUGGUGAUGGCCAUGACUCCGGUGAAGAUCUUGGACGCGUCCUGAGGCCGACAAGGACGAGAGUGUGGACGGACGUGUGCGCCACGUUUUUUGGGUUCCGCUCGUGUUUCAAGAACGGGAUCGACCGCGUGUCGAAAGAGUCCUUCCAGAAGAUGGAGGCAAACCUGACGCAGGCUGCGCGCAUGGCAGCCGUGACUGACUGCCCAUUUAGGAACAGCCGGAAGGUGCCCCCCGAUAAGCUGAAGAUGGUCGACCAGUGCGUCGCCAAGAUGGAUUCGGCUGUCUGCGACCACACCGGCACCGGCGGCGGCACCAGCGACGCUCCCGACCUUAACGACACCGACGACGCGGUGCUUCUGGCGUCUUUCGGCUUGGCCGUCGUUGUGGCUCUUCUGGUCGUCGUCGGUUCAAAGAGUGACGGGCAGGAAUUCACCCCCCCGGUUAUUCCGUGCCAGGGAAAACACGAGGCCAUCACGGAAGAGAAGGAGGACGAGAUUCGUGCGGAGCUCGCGGAGGACAAGGUUCGCUCGACUCAAUCAUACAAGACGUACUGCAAGGAGCAAGCGGACUACGUUACGAAUGACCUCGGGAUCGAAACACCGCAGUCCAUGCAGUUUGCGGACGAGAACUACACCGUGGUCAAGGGUGCGGUUCCCGUUUACAUCCUAGAUCUGAUAGAGAAGUACAUGAAAAGGCGUGGUUUCAAAAAUGAAGCGAUGUUCACGAAAGUCGUGAACGACGUAGUGUAUCACGACUUGAGUCGGCAGAUGUUUAAUUGCGCUUUGGACUGGGUGAUGUACUUCCUCAUUGCUGUCCCGGUAGCUCUAGCGCUCGUGAAGCACGGUUUACUCAACAUGGUCGGUGGGGGGUUGCGAGCGGCCAAAGUAGUCACUUACAUUUUGUCUCCAGCUAAGGCGGGCGACGCUACGAAGCGCCAUCAGGCUUUCCAUGAAGACUUUGCGCAUUAUCUCGCUGGCUUUUUCAAGACGGACUUUGGCAUCAGCGUCCUCGUUGGGUGCGUAGAGGGAUCGAUCGUGCACAUAAUCCCAAAAUCGUAUGGGGGGAAGGACGAGGAGGUGGAGAGGAAGAUUAAGGCAGGGGAGUUCCUUGAAGUGCAUCUGAAGAGAGGUGAAGCUUUAGUGAUGGGCCCCGGCCUCGUGCACCGCGGAACCGGUUACAACGUUCGAAACUCCAGGCUCUUUGUGGCGUUUAUGGGUGGGAGGAGCAGUGUAGCGAGCUUCCUGAACACCUACAAUGUGUACAACAUCGUGACGGGUGAGGCGGAGAGCAAGGUAUCGUCGACUUGAGGUUGUUGCGGUUGCGCUCGGGAAGGUUUGAUGUGUUUCGCUUGAAACCAGCUAGUGCGUACAACUGGAGCUGGAUUGUUUUUAUUCGUGUGGUGGGGACAUGGGGGAAGAACGGCUGGCUGAGCAUCGAAGUUCCGUACGUACGUGUGCCCUCCGUCUGUUGCGACGCGGUGGGGAAGGGACGGUUGUGUCAUGAACCUUAUUCGUUUGUUCUUACAACUAGAACGUUGUUCGUGUUUGAACAGUUCGUCUCUUUGGCAUAUUGCCUUUCUGGCCUCUGGUUUCUUCGGAGAAGUGUUCGCCAAUACGCCCAUCCCCAAACCGGUGUGCGAUCCCUCCAAAGAGGUUGUCGUGCGGUAAGUUCUACCCUGAGUCGGUAGAUGGUGCGAGAGGGGGUUGUUCGAGCCCCAUGUCUGCGUACGACGUUCAGUUCAUCUCCGACCAAAUUGUAGAAUUUGGGCAUGCGUGUGAGUGUGUGCGUAGUACAUGUUGAGGCAGGAAGAUUGUUUUGGGCGAGGGGGCGCGGCGGCCUUCUCGGACGUAUCGCGAACUUGCCAAAAAAUCUAGAUUUCUCAAAUCGCCGGACAGCGCGCACGACGCAAGUUUCCGCCUGCGACGGCCCCCGAUGUACACGCGUAGAGUGCCAGCGGUCGUUCAUUUGCGAGCAGUCGGUCGAGGACGCGCACGUUGCCGGCUUUGGAUUCGUGGAAGAACGCGGUGUUGUUGAGGGACCGAUUAAUUUUCAGCGUUGGCAGGACGCUACCAACUCUCGAUUCGCUGGCAACGGCCUGGCGCACUGACGUCGUGGCGUUAGGUUCGUACGCGCGCCGCCACGUUUCGUU